UGAAGUUUUGCAUUUGCUGCUGUCAGAAUUGGAAUUUACCAGUGAUCUCAUUUUAACCUUCCCAGGGCAUGAGGUCAUUUGGUAUCACAGGAGAUUUGUUUAUCAUUUUUGGAAUAAAUUCUGUACCCCUGGUACCUCUCUGGGUACACUGCAAGAGAUAUCAGGUUCUUCAAAGAUUGGUGAUAACAAUUCCUUAGAAAAUUGUAACAGAAUGUCAAGAAGAUCUUCUCCAUCAACCAUUCCUUCACUAUUUGAUUUAGCAAGUAGUUCGUUCAACUUGUUAAGAGAGUUGAAAUCUGGCUUUAAUUCAUGGACUUCUGUUUCUAAAGAGUUGACAAAUGAUGACAUGUUGGUGCCUCUGUCCACCCCCUCUGAGUUGAGGUUUUGUAAUGAUGUAGUUAUUAGAUGCCAAAGUGUGGAGGGUGAGAUACAGAGGAGAUUUGCAUCAAAUUAUAAAAAAUGGUUACUGCUGCAAAGUAAAUGUUCAUCUGAUGGCUGCAAUGUAGAAGUGUCAAGCACUAGAGAAGCAGCUACAGAGAGCUGACAGGGGAUGUUUGGUUGGGUUCCUCCGGCCAAUUCUUCAUCAAAAGUGGAAUCAUUUCUAGUGCAGAGUUAAUAAUGCUUUCAACAUGUGGCAUCUGUAUAUAGUUAAGUCAGGAUAAGUGCUUAUCAGCCAAGCCAAGCCGUAAGCAUGAAGAUGGCCAAGUGGGUUUUUUAGGGUAUUAUAUGUCUGUAAAGCAGAAGUGACGGAUUCAAAACUGCCGAUGGGCUUUUUUUUCUCUUCGAAAGUGGAUUGGAUUGUCGUUUAUAGACUUCAGCAAAAAGUGACAACAAAUCCAUUACCGGUAUAAGGACCAGUAGAACGUAGGAAUCGCUCGGCGUUGCUUGAGUAUAAUGCAAUGAAUUACUGAAGUUAUUUACUUAAAAUACUAGGUUUUGUCUUUUGAAAAGAAAAGCAAAAGUUUCGCAAGAGGAAUGAUAAAAGACUGUCAUCAACCUUUUGACCAGUAA